AUGCAAGCCCUGGUGUCAGGUGUUUAUAAUUCUAACAGUGAGGAGGAAGACACAGAAUUCACACAGUGGGAAAUUCAUUGUGGAGGAAUGUGGGUUCCUGGGUUCCUGCUCCGGGGAGCUGGUCAUGGUCACCCCAAAGGCACCCAGACAACCAGGGGGCAUAAAGGUCAAUCAGGAGUAGCUAAAUUCUGGGGCAAGUCCCAGAAAAGUACUAGAAACCCGGAAGAAACUCAUCUGUCUUGCUCUCACAUGCUGUGGCUGGGGCAGCUCUCCAAGAGGCGGUGGCGAGGGCUGUGGCCGCUCGGUGUCUUCCUCCUGCCCGCAGCGGCUCUGAGCAGCGUGGCGGAGGUGGACCCAACGGAACUCAGCCGCUCGCUCCCCGCUGGAGGCUGGGACUCCAACCCGCACUUUCUAGCCAUCAUAGCAACUUCGUCUGAAGAAGUUUUGCUGAUUGUAAAGAAGGUACGUCAGAAGAAGCAGGAUGGAGCUCUGUACCUCAUGGCAGAAAGAAUUGCUUGGGCACCUGAAGGCAAAGAUAGAUUUACAAUCAGCCAUAUGUAUGCAGAUAUUAAAUGCCAGAAAAUCAGUCCAGAAGGAAAAGCUAAAAUUCAACUUCAGCUGGUCCUGCAUGCAGGGGACACAACUAACUUUCAUUUUUCCAAUGAAAGCACAGCAGGAAAAGAAAGAGAUGUGGUGAAGGACCUUCUACAGCAGCUACUGCCCAAAUUCAAGAGGAAAGCAAAUAAAGAGCUGGAAGAGAAAAACAGAAUGCUCGAAGAAGACCCUGUUUUGUUCCAGCUUUAUAAUGACCUAGUUGUAAGUCAAGUUAUCAGUGCUGAGGAAUUCUGGGCCAGUCGUUUAAACGUGAAUGCAACAGAUAGUUCUUCUACGUCCAAUCUCAAGCAGGAUGUUGGCAUCUCUGCAGCUUUUCUGGCUGAUGUCCGGCCCCAAACAGAUGGCUGUAAUGGUUUGAGAUAUAAUCUAACUUCUGAUAUCAUUGAGUCCAUAUUUAGGACCUAUCCAGCAGUAAAAAUGAAAUAUGCAGAAAAUGUUCCCCAUAACAUGACAGAAAAGGAAUUCUGGACACGUUUUUUCCAGUCCCAUUAUUUUCAUAGAGACCGGCUAAAUACAGGGUCAAAGGAUCUCUUUGCAGAAUGUGCCAAGAUAGUUGAAAAAGGAUUAAAAACAAUGGUUUCAUUAGGAGUGAAAAAUCCACUGCUAGAUUUGACAGCUUUGGAAGAUAAACCAUUAGAUGAGGGCUAUGGCAUUUCCCCUGGGCCAUCAACUUCCAGUUCUAAAUCCAUAAAGGAGAAUAGUAAUGCUGCCAUCAUCAAGAUGUUUAACCACCACAGUGCCAUGGUCCUGGCAGCAGGUCUCAGGAAACAACAAGCACAAAAUGAACAAAAUGGUGAGCCCAGCGGCAUGGACGGAAAUUCCGGAGAUGCAGACAGCUUUCAGCCACCAGUCAAAAGGGCAAAGUUACAAGAGUCCAUUGAAUAUGAACACUUGGGAAAAAAUAACUCCAUAAAAACAAUUGCACUUAACCUCAAAAAGUCAGAUAGGUAUUACCAUGGUCCUACCCCAAUCCAGUCAUUACAGUAUGCAACGAGUCAGGACAUUAUUAAUUCUUUCCAAAGUAUUAGACAAGAAAUGGAGGCUUAUACACCCAAGUUAACUCAGGUUCUUUCAAGCAGUGCUGCUAGUGGUACCAUUGCGGCACUGUCCCCUGGAGGAACACUUAUGCAGGGAGGGACACAGCAAGCCAUAAACCAGAUGGUGCCAAAUGAGUCUGAACUGAAACACUUGUAUGUGGCUGUUGGAGAACUGUGGCAUUUCUGGUCCUGCUUUCCUGUUAAUACACCAUUCCUAGAAGAAAAGGUAGUGAAAAUGAAGAGUAAUUUGGAAUGGUUCCAGGUUACAAAGCUCUGUCCAUUCCAAGAAAAAAUUGGGAGGCAAUAUUUAAGCACAAAUUUGGUGAGUCACAUAGAAGAGAUGCUCCAGACAGCCUACAACAAGCUCCACACAUGGCAGUCACGGCACCUGAUGAAGAAGACGUGAGGUGUCCCUGGUGCUCACAGGUUUUGUGAGAUUGAGAAAACUAUGACCUGCAGUGACUCUGAAACUGGCCUGACAGACAUGCAGAUGCUCACAAAAAAAGAAACAUCUGCAGCAUGCCCACUCCCAGAGCUGACGCUAUUGUACUUGCACAUUAGGGACUGAAAGG